AUGAAGGUUGACGCCAUCGAUUUCGUCUUCUCCCUCUUACUCGAUGUAGAAAUAUAUCUUUGCGUAUUCGUAUUGUUAACCUAUUUCACAAGGCACAAAAUGAAUAAAAUAAUUCAAUCCAAUUUUUACCAAAAUGACGCACUCCUAAAUAGACUCUCAAAACAUUUCUACAUAGUGGAUGUGAGAGCCUACUUUAGCCCUCUGAAAUAUAUGUUUAAAAGUGCACUGUAUCACACCUAUUAUUCUUCGUCCCUUUUGUUUUUAAUUUAUUUGUUCAGACUGUAUAUUUACUACAAACGAUGGAUUAAGUUUUACUUUUUUUCCCUAUUAAACAUUGCCAAUGACUCCUCCAUACUAUCUGAUGAUGAUGAUUCUGAUGCCUACCACCAUCGGAAGUCCAGUGGAUUCCACGUUUCCUACAUGGUUGCCUUCAUCUUCGGAGUGAUUAUUUCGUUCAUUUAUUAUAGGUACCUUUGUAGAGUAUUUAAAGGGAAGCACAAAUAUGUAACGGUGGCUAAGACCAGUUUACUGCACUACUGCUUUGAGCUAGCCAAAGUAAAUUUCAGGGAAUACGUAAAGGUGAAGCCAAAGAAGGGAUCAAAAUUUAGGUUCGAUUUGGACACCAACAUUAAGGCGCAUCCCACGUUCAGCACCGAGUCUGGUGCCACGAAAGGAACCGGCAGGGGAAAUGGAACAAGCGCAAGUGGCCGUGGUCCUGGUAGCAGCGUCUCCAGCACAGUUGCUCCAAAGCCAAAGAGAAAAAACAUCCUGUUCCGCAUGUUUAGCAUCGUGUAUUUUACGAACCACGUGCUCUAUGAUGAAAAGGUAUUGUACGAAGAUCACCUGAAGAACAAGCGACAGGGCGACCAUAAGAAAAAAGAAAGCUUCUGUUUAAUGCUUAUCAAGUUAGUGGGGAAGCUCGUCCAAGAGAUCAUCAAUUCAAUUAAUGCCAGAAAUAAUGAGAAUGGAAAGAGUGCUUCUAGAAAAACGGGUCAGGCUGCUACUGGUCAGGCUGCUACCGGUCAGGCUGCUACCGGUCAGGCUACUACCGGUCAGGCUACUACCGGUCAGGCUACUACCGGUCAGGCUACUACCGGUCAGGCUACUACCGGUCAGGCUAUUACCGGUCAGGAUACUACUGGUGUUCCUGCUACCGGUCAGGGGGGACCACACACCGCCCCUGUGUGUGGGGAAACUCCCCAGGAAGGGGUGAAGCAACCGGUGGAUGGAGAAGCCGUAACGGAGGAGAAAGAACUAAAUGGAGGUGAAGCCGCAACGGAGGAGAAAGAACUAAAUGGAGGUGAAGCCGCAAAGGAGGAGAAAGAACUAAAUGGAGGUGAAGCCGCAACGGAGGAGAAAGAACUAAAUGGAGGUGAAGCCACUACGGAAGUGAAUCAACCAAAGAAUGAAUCCCCUAAAGCGCAGGCCCCACCGAUAUGCGUAGCACCCCCCGCGCAGAGACAAUCGAACAAAACCACUCCACAGGAGCAGACCCAGGGAAUAACCAGCCCAACAAACAUGACACAGAUAAAGGGAGCAGAACUGAAAAGUAGUAACACGCAGUACAAUGACAUAAACAUGUGCGAAUUGGAUUUAAACCCAUACGAUAUAUUCGUGUGCAAUUCGCACUACCAAUUUAAGAGCAUCCUAGAAGUAUUCAUGUUACACGUUCCGAUAUAUUUCCUAUUCAAAAAUAAACUCUACGUAAAAACGUGCUUCACAAUAGCCAUGUAUAUUGCCAAUUACCUACUCUGGAAUUUCAUAACCCUCUUAGCGAUGAUCAGACCGUCACUGUUCGUGUACUACUACGUAGUGAAUGAACACAUAAAUCAUAUCCUAACAGAGAACAUCAAUGAGAAAGAGAAAAACAUAAUUCUCCACUUUUUUUACGGGUUCUUUUUUGCCUCUCUAAUAUAUUUAAAAUAUCAUUUCAACAUGCAGUUUAAGUUAAUCAAGGUGGACCACAUGAACCACUUCCAUCGAAUUAUUAACAAAUGCAUAACAGAGGCGCACAAAUUGAAGUCGAGAGGAAUAAUUAAAAAUUUUGAAGCUAUGAAAGUUUUCCCCUUAUGUAUUGACUAUGAAAACAAAGGGAUUUUCAUCGACAGAGGACUACUGCGAACACGUGCGGAACUCGAACUUGUACUAAAACGAAGGAAAUUAAAGAGUGCAAGAAUAUGCUUCCGAAAUGUUAUGCAAGUUGCUAAAUAUUGUGACGAAGAUACCGCUAUGGAACUGUUUAGACGACUGAAAUUUGUCCUAGUCAAUGAAUUGCCCCACCGAGUUGCACUAAACCUUUCCCUUAUGAUCUCGGAUGAAAUGUACGAUAAAAUUAAAAGGAAUGCCAUCGAUUCGUCUUCUUCGGAACAAUCCAAGAAACACCCAUCUGAUUGCUUAUGCGAAAUGCUGAAAAAAACGGUCGUUCAUGAUUUUAUCAAAGCGGCCAUGGGUAUUGACAAGUUCAAUGCAGAAAACGAACCCGCGGACUCGGGGGAACCUUACGUAGAUACAUCCGACAACAAGUGA